CGUCAGACAAUCUGCCUGCCUUUGUGGACCGCGCUGGUGCUGGCCCCUGGUCCCUGGUCCGCCUCGCCGCCAGUCCGUCUCGUCCUGCCAGUGCUCCGCCGCUCCGCUAUGCUGCUCAGCUGCGCCGUGGCCACUGGGUCCGCGUCGUGCUCAAUUGUCACUUGAUUCGUGAUCGCCGCGCUCCCCGCCUGGACAUGGCCCUCUUCCCGGAGGACGAAGCGCAACAAGUCACGCCGCUCAACUGCACGAACCCGGCCAUCGACGACUUCCCCCGGGACCUGUUCACCGACAAGCAGCGCCAAGAUGGCGCCGUCGUCCUGCACGCCCUGGUCGCGCUGUACCUGUUCGCCGCGCUGGCCGUCGUCUGCGACAAGUACUUCGUCCCCGCCGUGGAGAGAAUCUGCCACGCGCUCAACAUGUCCAACGACGUGGCGGGGGCCACGUUCAUGGCGGCGGCCACGUCCGCGCCGGAGCUCUUCGUCAACGUCAUCGGCACCUUCAUCACGGAGGGCGACAUCGGCAUCGGCACCAUCGUGGGCAGUGCCGUCUUCAACAUCCUGGCCGUGGCGGCGUGCUGCGGCAUCGGGGCGGGCAUGGUGGUGCCCCUGGACUGGUGGCCCCUGACGAGGGACUGCCUGGCGUACGGCGUCACCGUGGCCUUCCUCAUCUGCAUCAUCCACGACGAGCGCGUUGAGUGGUACGAGGCGCUCACCCUCGUCCUCCUCUACAUCGUCUACAUCGCAGUGAUGUACUACGACAAGUCCAUCCAGGCCUGCGCCCGUGGCGGCGUGGGCUCGUCGGCCAGCAGACGACACAGCCGCGCCCUGGCCGCACAGACUGAGGCGGGUGAGGUGUUGUUGGCCGUGUCCUCCACCUCGCCGACCCCCGCCCUGCCGUCGCCGCCCUCGGACGCCGCGGACGAGGAGAAGCAGGCCCUGAACCAGGCCGUGGUGGCGACGACGGCGGCCUCGGGGACCACCAGCGCGGCCAGCGCGGCCGGCGCCAACGUCGAGCAGAUCAACGGGUCCGUGAAGGCGGCGGAGGAGCCGCGGCCGGCGCCAGAGCAAGGAGAGUGCGUGGAGCUGUUCUCCUGCCCCGACGGCGGCUGGUGGCGCCGCGUGGUCUGCGUCGUCACGUGGCCCAUCCACCUCGUGUUCCUCUUCACCAUCCCGGACUGCGAGAAGCCGCGCUUCAAGAAGCUGUUCCCGCUCACCUUCUUCAUGUGCAUCGUCUGGAUCGGCAGCCUGUCCUACGUCGUGGCGUGGCUCAUCACCAUCAUCGGUGACACGCUCAAGAUCCCCGACUCCGUGAUGGGCAUCACGUUCCUGGCUGCGGGGACCAGCGUGCCCGAGGCCGUGUCCAGCGUCAUCGUCGCCAAGCAGGGCCACGGGUCCAUGGGCAUCAGCAACUCGAUCGGGUCCAACACGUUCGACAUCCUGUUGUGCCUGGGCCUUCCCUGGUUCAUCAAGGCCUCCUUCCUGCCCACCGAGCGCGGCCACCACUACGUCAACAUCAACUCGCGCGGCCUGGAGUACUCGGCCAUCUCGCUGCUGUCGACGUUGCUGCUGCUCUACGUCACGUUCUACGCGAACAAGUUCAAGCUGGACCGCAAGAUGGGCCAGGCGUGCCUGCUCAUGUACGUGGUCUUCCUCAUUCUAGCAACCCUCAUUGAACUCAAUGUGUUCUUUAUAGUCAAUCUGCCAACUUGCGGCCGGUGAAACCACUAGUCCAUUGCGAGAGGGAUUACUCGCGCGAGAUUUUACUCGGCACCUUACACAUGCAGCUGUACUUCCCGCAGACGAGGUGGAUGUGUGUCAAUGUCAACGAACCCUGGUCGAGCCGGAGGGGAGGGUUAACGCAGGCAGAGUUUUGUACAUAUCUUUUUAUAGCAGUCUGUGCUAGACGUAUGGGCUGUGAAGAGAGUGAACCUUGAACCCUGGACAGAAUUUUGUAAAGAAACAAAUGAUUGUUUAUAACUAAAAUAAUUUGUUUUACACCUUGAAACAAAAGAUAUUUCUGUUUCUACAAGAGAAUGAAAUGUAAAUAUUCGUUUGAAAUCUGUGUCAGCUGUUUUGUCUCUAAAGGAAACAGUGGCUUGAGACUGAGUGCAAAUAAAAUGAAGAAACAUUCAGGCACGUAAUUUCUUAGUCAUUAUGUAUGAAAUAAUGUGCCUCAGAUGCAAUGAAUGUAUGCGAUUUCAAUUAGCAUUGCCCAAAACAUUUAUUUCUGGAAAAAUAUGUGGAAAAUGAAUUAUACCAAUAACUAACAAGUAGUUAGUUACACAUUUUUUUAAAAUAUCAAUAAAAAUUCAAGAAGAAGAA